CUAAUGCCACGACGUCAACUACAUCGGCUGUCACUCAGCCCCGCCCACAGACGAACGCCACUUUCACUACUCUCGCAACUCUCACGACUUUAACCACGACUCCCGCAGGAACGGCGGCGUCCAUUAACGUGCCCUACAUGGUGGCGGAGCUGGUCAUCGCCUUCCUGUCCACUGUGGGCAACCUGCUGGUGUGCGCCGCUGUGGGGUUUAAUCGGAAGCUGCACACGGUCACUAAUUACUUCCUGGUGUCGUUGGCGGUGGCAGACGUGUGCGUGGGGGCGCUGGCUAUCCCCUGCGCCAUCAUGACCGAUCUGGGCAUCCCGCGCCACAACCUGUACUUGUGCGUGUUCAUGCUGUCGGUGCUCAUCAUGCUGACUCAGAGCUCCAUCUUCAGCUUGCUAGCGGUGGCGGUCGAGCGCUACGUGGCCAUCUUCAUGCCCUUUCGCUACCACAGCACCAUGACGCCACGUAACGCGCUGCUCAUCAUCCUGAUCACGUGGGUGCUGGCUUUCCUCAUCGGCCUGGUCCCGCUCAUGGGCUGGCACAAGACUCCGCCCGGGGACGAAUUCUGCUUCUUCGUCAACGUGGUGGAGAUGACCUACAUGGUGUACUUCAACUUCUUCGCGUGCGUGCUGACGCCGCUCGUCGUCAUGUUCCUGAUCUACGCGCAGAUCUUCCUCACGGUCAAGCAGCAGAUGCGCAGGAUCGCGGCGGAUCGCGGAGGCCAGGGCAACAGCGACGGAGCCACCAACAUCAAGAAGGAGAUGAAGACGGCCACGUCGCUCUUCCUCGUGCUCUUCCUCUUCACCGUCUGCUGGAUCCCGCUGCACAUCAUCAACUGCUUCCUGCUGCUGUGCCCUCAAUGCUACGUGCCCCUGCCCCUCCUCCUCACCGCCAUCAUCCUGUCUCACGCCAACUCGGCCGUCAACCCUUUCCUCUACGCCUACAAGAUGAAGUCCUUCAGGGAAGCCUUCAAAGGCAUUUUCCUGUGCUGCAGGGGAUUCGGCAGCGAAAGACAGGAUCACCAUGACGACGGACGCAUAGCGACCGUACACAAAUCCUGA